UUCAUUAUUUAAAGAAUUCAUAUUUCAAGAUUAAGAAUUUGAUAUGGAAGAUAAAUUAAGAUAUUCAGUUGUUGAAUCGAAAGGAAAAGUACAUGAAUGUAAAAUAUGCGGAAAAAAGUACAGUACUAAAUACAAUUUAAGCAGCCAUUUAAUUAUUCAUACACAAAUGAAAUCGAAUUUAUGCGAAAUUUGUGGUAAAGCAUUUAAUCGAAAAAGUACAUUAAAAACGCAUUUGCUCAUCCAUAUAGGAGAAAAAUCUUAUGCUUGUGAAGUAUGUGCUAAAUCUUUCACUCUAAAAGGUAAUUUGAAAAAUCAUUUGCGUACUCAUACAAAUGAAAGACCUUAUAUCUGUGACUUCUGUGGCAAAGCAUUUUCAAGGAAAAGCUCUUUUAAUAGACAUCUAAGAAUUCAUACGGAAGAAAAACCUUAUGUCUGUGAUGUCUGCGGCAAAAAAUUUGCUGACAACAGAUAUAUUAUUAGCCAUUUACGGACUCAUACGAAAGAAAAACCAUAUAUUUGUGAUGUCUGCGGCAAAACGUUUACCUUUAACAGCUGUUUUAAAAGACAUUUAUGGACUCAUACAAAAGAAAAACCUCAUGUGUGUGAUGUCUGUAGCAACGCUUUUGCGCACAGAAGUACUCUCAAACGACAUUUACGUAUUCAUACAAAAGAAACACCUUACACCUGCGAAAUUUGUGCCAAAGAGUUUUCGCUAAGAAGUAAUUUAAAAAGACAUUUAAGCAUUCAUAAAAAUGAAGAUGUAUAAU